UUAAAGAUGUGCGCCACCAUGUCAUCAACGUUUUUUAAAUAAGUUGUUCUCAAUACUAUCACCUCCUUAGAGAAGCCACAAAAGAGGAAGUAUGAGCGUCCAAGCCAGCAGCUAGACCAGGGGCAGCUGUGCCUCCGAGGACAAGCUUUCCAGUGGAAUCUGUCCUUCAGUUGGUCCUGGGGAGAGGAGGGAGACAUAGAAGGAACUUCCAUAGACAAUCACAGACACACAUAGAGAGACACAAACACAGUAAAUGGCAAAGACCAAGUCUAUCUUGAGACCAUCCUUUUGUGUGUGUGUGUGUGUGUGUGUGUGUGUGUGUGUGUGUGUGUGUGUGUGUGUGUGGCUGCCUCUGGCCACAUUUAUAUUACCCUGAGGCAGAUGUUUUCCUUUUUUCUUUGGGGUUUAGGAUUAUGCAAACGGAACAUGAAAACAAAAGCCCAGUGAGGGGGGGGGAGGAUUGCCCUUACAAACGGAGGCAAUUUUAAGCUCUCUUUAAAACACCCCUCUCCUGUGGCUACUAAGGGCCCUCUUGGCUGUUUAGAAUUUGGCAUCUUUUCAGAGCCUUUUAACCAAAGCCCUAAAACUUUCUUCCGAAGCUUCUGUGCUGGCCUCAUUUUGUAAGAGCAGAAAUCAAGGCAUUUAUGUGUUUACAGCGUCUGUAGGCUGGCUCCGAGUUUUGAUCUUUAUCUGAUUCAAUCUUCCCUUUGCUGCAUACAGACGUACCUGAAUGGGAAACCUCUGACCCAAUUCCCACUUAGGUUCCCGCUUUUCUGAUAUUAUCUGGAGGGCAAUAGGACCUGGGGAGGUUCAACCCUGCGGCCAAGGGAGACACACCUGCCUAACUGCGUGGGUUGAGCGAAUGUGGGAGCGAACUACUUUAGCUAGCUGUGGAGGGUGGGGUAGAAGUGGGUGCAUGCUGCUGCUCCCUAGAGAAGAGGAAAAGCUGUGGCUCCCUCCUGGAUCCCGAGGUCACGGUGAGAAAUACUGCUGAAGACUGGUGCAGGCUCCUCUUGUGUUGUGCCUCGCUACCUGGAGCAUCCUUUGGCUAUUCUUCUUGGAACUCCGGCUUAUUUUGUUUUGCCUGGCUGUCUCUCCCUCUCGCCGGGCCAACGCCACCACUACCCCACCCGAAGUCAUCCAGGUGCCAUAGUUACCAAAGCUCAGGACCCACAGUACUUCUCGAACUGUGCCUUUCGGUAGCAAAGUGUCUCCGUGAACACACCCCUCCAGCAUCCUCUAUCUGGUGCCACGCGCUCCGCUUCUUUCCGAGGAGACAUCAUUCAGGACAGUGGCCUUACUUUGGCCCCUAACCAGGCGGUCUUAGGGGCGGGGCCUGGAGAACCUACUUGAGAACAUUUGCCUCCCUACAGGUCCUGAGACAGCACCGCUGAGCCUGCGAGCAGGCUAGCUAAUAGGCACAACCUAGCAGCACAUUGGAUGGAUUCCUAGGUGCUAAACUGAAUCUUUGACAGGACACCCAGGCUGCGCUCCCUCUUCUACCUUGGCUCAGUUCUCUGAUGAUUUGAGAGGAUACACGGAUGAGAAUCCCUAAGGAGAAGCUGCUGAGUAUGUGAUGUGCCUCCUCAAAGUGGCUACUCCCCUGAAAGGAGCCUCGGGGGAAACAGCUGUUCCUUGCCUUUUCACACGCCUGGAAUUGGACACCAGAUUCAGUGCUGGAGUGCUUGUCCAAGUUUCUCAGCACAUAUGUUGAAGAUUGCAUUUCAGGGCCAAUCACGAGUGAAGUUCAAAGAGACACUCCUGGACUCUCCACUCCAGACUUAGAGUUAAGUCUAGAAGUGAAGUGUCUCCUGUACUGACUUGUUGGUCUACAUUCAGGGACUCAACUAGCCACGGUCCUCCUGACUGAUCCCUGAACAGCAGUGGCUACGGGGCCUCUUUUCAGGAUGGAUGGCGAAGAGCUCUGAACUCCAGACAGUAAGAGAGUCUCAACAAUGGACAGAGUUUAUGAAAUUCCUGAGGAGCCAAAUGUGGUUCCCAUUUCAUCUCUGGAAGAAGAUGUCAUCCGGGGGCCUAACCCACGCUUUACCUUCCCGUUUAGUAUCCUCUUCUCCACCUUUUUGUACUGUGGGGAGGCUGCGUCUGCUUUGUACAUGGUUAGAAUUUACCGAAAGAAUAAUGAAACCUUCUGGAUGACAUACACAUUUUCCUUUUUCAUGUUUUCAUCUAUCAUGGUUCAGUUGACCCUCAUUUUUGUCCACAGAGACCUGGCCAAAGAUAGACCACUAUCAUUAUUUAUGCAUCUAAUCCUCUUGGGACCUGUUAUCAGCUGUGUUAAUGGCUUUUUCCCUGAUAUCUGUCACCUACGGGGCUACCCUGUGCAAUAUGUUGGCUAUCCAGAUCAAGUAUGAUGACUACAAGAUUAGACUGGGGCCACUGGAAGUCCUUUGUAUCACCGUCUGGAGGACAUUGGAGAUCACUUCCCGCCUCGUGAUUCUGGUGCUCUUCUCGGCCACCUUGAAGUUGAAGGCUGUGCCCUUCUUAGUGCUCAACUUCUUGAUCAUCCUCUUUGAGCCCUGGGUCAAGUUCUGGAGGAGUGGUGCCCAAAUGCCAAACAAUAUUGAGAAAAACUUCAGCCGAGUUGGCACUCUGGUGGUACUGAUUUCGGUCACCAUUCUCUAUGCUGGCAUCAACUUCUCUUGCUGGUCAGCCAUGCAGUUGAAGUUGGCAGACAGAGACCUUGUUGACAAAGGUCAGAACUGGGGACAUAUGGGACUGCACUAUAGUGUGAGGCUGGUAGAGAAUGUGAUCAUGGUCUUGGUUUUUAAGUACUUCGGAGUCAAAGUGUUACUGAAUUAUUGUCAUUCCUUGAUUGCAGUGCAGCUUAUUAUUGCUUAUCUGAUUUCCAUUGGGGUCAUGCUUCUCUUCUUCCAGUACUUGCACCCCCUGCGCUCACUCUUCACCAAUAACGUAGUAGACUACCUCCAUUGUAUCUGCUGCCGCAGACCCCGUCCGGAAAGGGUUGAGAACUCAGAGACAUCCUGUGAAGCUGACACAACACAAAGUAUUGUCUGAUUUUUUUUUUCUUCUGUACAUUAUAGGAUGGGUCUGGGUUAACACAAGCAACUGUGAAAUUGAAGGAGUUGGUGAGAUCCCUGUGUGUGAGUACUCACAGGAUCAUUUGCUUGACACUUCUAGUAAACCUAUUGAAAGAAAGAGUGACCUGCAAAGAGGUUUUACUUCUUUAGGAUUGACUGCUAGGUUUGGAUACCAGCACUAACCCUAACCCUAGCCCUAGCCCUAGCCCUAACCCUAACCCUAGCCCUAACCCUAACCCUAACCCUAGCCCUAACCCUAGCCCUAACCCUAACCCUAGCCCUAACCCUAGCCCUAACGCUAACCCUAGCCCUAGCCCUAACCCUAGCCCUAACGCUAACCCUAGCCCUAGCCCUAACCCUAGCUCUAAUGCUAACCCUAGCCCUAACGCUAACCCUAGCCCUAGCCCUAGCCCUAACCCUAACCCUAACCCUAACCCUAACCCUAACCCUAACCCUAACCCUAACCCUGGAAUAACCUCUAUGUCCUUCACUCAGGCUCUGAAUUUCCAGCUUUGCUCAUUUGCUUAAGGUAUUGCUGAGCUUCCCUGGGCUAAUCUAAACUCUGCCAGAACUCAACUGUACUGAUCAGGGAAUGUGAUGGCUUACUAAGAAUGAGCGCCUUCCAGAAAGUAGUCUGACUGUUGUACUUUUUGUUUUGUUUUGAUUUAGGUUUUUAUUUGAGACAGGGUUUCUCUGUGUAGCCCUGGCUGUCCUGGAACUCACUUUGUAGACCAGGCUGGCCUCAAACUCAGAAAUCCACCUUCCUCUUCCUCCCAAGUGCUGAGAUUAAAGGCAUGCGCCACCACCGCCUGGCUGGCUGUUGUACUUUUAACUGUGAGAGUGGCUGGGAUAUUUGUAUUCUAAUGAGGAACUGUGGCUAAGAAGAAGGCUCCAUUAUUGAAGAAAGCUACUCCCCAAAUGAGUUAAUACCCCAUGAGUAUUUUACUGGGGGUCAUUCAGCAAAGACUUCUCCUUUAAGAAAUCCUUCAUAGGCACUCUCUUUGGACGGCGUACAGAAUAAGAUUCCUUCCUAUAGGGAAUGAGGCGGGAUCUCAUGACUCUCGGACUGGGCUCAACGUCACUAUGUAGCUAAGAACUACGUGGCCUGAUCUUUCUGCCUUUACCUUCUGUGUGCUGGAAUUGCAGAUGCGUACCACUGCAUUUGGUUUAUAUAAUGCUGAGGACUGAACCCAGGGCUAGGCAAGCACUAUUUAUACAGUACUAGGCCCUGGAACUGGGGUCAGGUAAACACUCUACCAACUGAGACAUCCUUGGCCCCCAGAAUGCCUCUUAAGGACCUGUGUAGGCCUCCAGCCUCAUUGAGAGAAAUGUUUGAAUGAAAUUUCGGGUGCCCCAUUAGAGGAAUUCCCUCCAAUUCAGCUUUUCUGUCUCUGCCUUUUGUUACUUGAUGUAAACCUCAGAGAAGCUAAACUGUAAUUUGAAGUGUUUACUGAUAUGUGAAAUAAAUGAAGAUUUCUUUGUGUCUGCUAC